AUGUACAGUGCGGCAGUUGGCGGCGAGGGUGCGGUGGCUUUGCAACUAAGAGAGGCAGCUCCUGGAGAGAUAGAUGCAGCGAGACUGCAUGACGAUCGACUCGCUAUCGCCUGCCAUGAGCCUGAACUACUCGCUGAUUUGCUUCACACUGCUGCUGACAUUGAUUGCACGACGUCAUCCUCAUCAAGUAUCUUGGGCGGCAUCGCGACUGUGUCAGUUGCGGUGACGGGCCUGGAUUCUCGGCCCCUCUCUGUUAAGAAGGUUCGCCCAAAGCCCGCAUCCCCCAACCGUCAGGGACCACAACAGUGCCAGGUGUGCAACAAAGUAUUCGGCAACGCGUCAGCACUAGCCAAGCACAAGUUGACACACAGCGAUGAACGCAAGUACGUGUGCAUCACGUGCGCGAAAGCUUUUAAGAGGCAGGACCACCUAAAUGGUCACAUGCUAACGCAUCGCAACAAGAAACCGUACGAGUGCAAGGCGGACGGCUGUGGCAAGUCUUACUGUGACGCGCGCUCACUGCGCCGGCAUACGGAGAAUCACCACCAACCACCACCGGAUUCUAACGCAAGCAGCAGUAAUAACGGCAACUCAGGAAGUGAUCGUGACUCGAAUUCUGUUCGCAUAGCAUCACCAACGUCACCAUCGAGAAACAACCCCUUACAUUCAGAUUUAAGCAACGGCUCAGAUAAGUCGAAUGGUACAAGCACAAGCGGAAGCGGGAGCGGUGGUAGCAGUGACAGCAGCCCUCCGGGUACACCGCCCGCGCCAGCCACGCCACCAUCAAGGUUUAGCAAGAACAAGAACAACAGCGGCAAGCCUAAAAUUUCUAACAAUGCGCAGCAGGGGUGCCAAAAAGGAGGGAGUGUCGGAAGUGGAAGCGGGACAACGAGUGGUGCGGGUAGCGGAGCGGCUGCGAUUGUGACGCGACCUGGCGAAAUUAAGCCAGUUGAAUGCAAUCUGUGCCAUCGCAAAUUCAAAAAUAUACCAGCACUAAAUGGCCACAUGCGCUUACACGGGGGAUACUUUAAAAAGGACUCUGAUAGCAAGAAAUUGGACAAGAAAGAAUCUUCCGGACCCCCGCUUCAAACUGCGUCAGUUUCUGUACGAGCUCUCAUCGAAGAGAAAAUCAUUAGCCGCCGAGGAGCUGUGACAUCCGCAACAACCGGUACGAGUGCAGACACAGUCACGACUCGAGCGAGUUUCGUUGCUCCAGCACCUCCACCGUUGUCAACUAUUCGUACAUCUAUUACUUCCCCGGCCUCCCCAAUAACAUCCACACAAUUUGCUCCUCCACGUACCCCAUCAGUAAUAACAGUAGCCCCGAAUAUUGCUACUAAUAAUACAGCUACAAGAGAUUCUACUCUCGUUGAAUUAUUAAAGAAAGGCAACACUAAGGUUGUAAAACGUUCAUCUUCUGACCCCGGACAAUCAUCACCUCAUCAAGAAUUCACAUUUCGCCCGGACCUAUUUGGUGUAUCAUUUAAUUCGGAUGAUGGAUACUUUUCUCCAGCCCUUAAUGACGAUACUUUUCAAUUUGCAACAACACCAGAACAAUUGGAGGAGCUCGCUGCAUUAGAAGACUACGCAACCGUAGCGGCUUCUAUUAUACGAGAGCGAUCGCCCGUUACGUUCCCGUCCAGUCGGCGUCUAGCUGCCGUGUUAAACUCACCUUUGCCUGAAUCCUUAGCUGAUUUUGGAGCUAGUCACGGUGGAUCACCUGUACCAUCACCAGGUAUUGGUUAUGCAGAGAGUUCGCCAGGCCUAUCUUACUCAACAGGGGAUUCCCCAGGGCUCGCUUAUAAUGCAAACUCACCGGGUGGAAACUAUUCUACUCAGCCAGAACCAUCUCCGGGAAUCGCUUAUCCCACUCCUCCAGCAUCCCACGACGCUCACUCACCUGCGCAUUCAGUGCCACGUGCCUCGUCACCAUUAUCAGCUGCUUUCUUUACGGCAACAAUGUCCAGUCAAGAAGAGGUGGAAGAAGCAUUAGAGGAAGUACUACCAGAAGAAUGUAGAUCCUUAGAUGCCUACACACUGGAGCCUUCUCCUACACCACGCCGUAUUAUGUUAAAUUCGGAAGAUCCUUUACUAUCGAGUAGUCCGCGUGAUUUUUCACACCAACGGCACUUUCGUCGCCAUCAUCGAAUGGGGUCUUCUUCUGCACCAAUGCAUCAUUGGCAGCGAGAUACUUCCUCCUUACAGAUAUGCGUGGAAGGCCGAGACACGGUUCCGGCGGUGUUCCUGAGUCCUAGCAGCGUUCCCGCGUCGCCCCAACGACGCAAGCGGCGCGCGUCCCCGGCCGGCCCGCACCGCUCGCGCAUGCGCCGCUGCACCGCGCACUACACCCCGCAGCCUAUACUGCCGCCUGAUAGAGACGGCUCUGGACUGCUCAUAGAUCUGAUGAAUGGACUAUCGACCACGGAGACCGAUGUGAUAGCACAUCUUGAAGAAACCCGUCCGCCGCAAAUCAAUAUUGGAAUCGAUCACCAAGCUAAUAUACCAGAGCUGUGCAACGACCGCAUAGACUUGCAUAGAGCACCGGAGCAGCUGCUUUGGGAUCCAGGCAUCAACGAUGCUCUUGACGAUAACGAAGUACGCAUGUUUAUGGAGCUGGCGAUGUGCGCGGCAAUGCCGGUCGGCGGACACACAAGAGAGUUCGCCCUGCAGACACUUGGCGAAUGUGGUGGCGACAUCAGGGCUGCGACGCUGCGCCUCAUGUCGCGGCCUGCCGCUCCUUCACAGCACGAGUCGCGCUGGACUCCGGACGAAGUUGAAGCUUUCUUAGCCGGACUCGGACACUACGAUAAGGAUUUCUUCAGAAUUUCGCAACUGGUUACAAAAUAA